AUGUUUGAUGAUAACAUAGUAACAUAUGAUAAACUAUAUCACAUAAAAUCAAACGAAUCCAUUGAUGAAGUUUUUGCUUUAAUCGAAAAAGUUUUAAUUUCGAAGUAUAAAACAUCAUCGAUCAAUAUUGUUUUAACAAUACUCGAAGCAAUCCGUUAUAAUUAUAGAUCUAUCAAUAUUUAUAUUGAUUUACUCAAACGAAUCAUCACAAAAUAUCCAAUUCCUUCUUUACCAAAAGAACAAGUUGAAACUGCAAAAUAUAAUGGCUUGAUAUUAUCAACUAACCCUGAAGAAAUAUGUUUAAUCGACAGAUCCCUUUAUGAACAAGAAGAAAACGAAAUUAUGGAAAUCAUUGCAUAUGAUCAAAUUGAUAAAUUCAAAGAAUAUACAUGCACAACAACAAAGAAUCGAGUUUUCAGUUUUGAUAUCCCUUAUUUUAAACGUGUUACACUACUUGAAGGUUGUGCAUAUUUUGGAUCAGUUAAUAUAUUCAUGUUCCUAUUCCCAAAUUCAUAUAAAGCACCAGAGACAUUUGAAUGUGCUAUUAUGGGUGGUAACACCGAUAUUAUCAAUGAAUGUUUGAAACAUGAUAUGUUUUAUUAUCAUAUUGUACAGACUUCUAUUGAAUGUCAUAACAAUCAAUUUCUUGAAUAUGUUUUAGAAAUGGAACUUGUUAAUAUAAGAGAAUAUUGGUUUAUGUUUCAACCCAUUUUCACUUCAACAAAUUUGAAAGCUCUAUUUCUUAUGUACAAUAAAUAUAAGGAAGGAAUAGCUCCCUGCUUUGCAGAAUUUCCACAAUUAAAUGAUAUUAUCAAAAACAAAAUAAUCGAUUUUACUUCAAAUAUCGAACUUUUUUUAGAAAAAGCAAUACAUCAUAAUAACUUUGAGAUGGUCAACUUUUUCAUUGAUUAUUACAAAGAAAAUAAUAGUUUGUCUGACUCUAUUCUUGAAGAUAAUCUUUUUCUGGCAUUAUUUUUUAAUCGAUCUGAGAUAGCAAAAUUUUUAGUUUCUCUUGGUGCAAAACUUAAUGAUGAUAUAGUGUUAAAUGAUGAAUUUAUAGAUGCAGUAAGAAAACUGAAUGAAGAAAUAGCAAAAUUACUUAUUUCAAUUGGUGCAGAUGUCAACUUAGAAAUUGACGAUUAUCAUUCAUAUCUUCAUAAAGCGGUAUUGGACAAUGAUAGCAAGCGUGUUGCACUUCUUGUUAAACUUGGUGCAAACAUAAAUUCAAAAGAUGAAGAUCGUAACACACCUCUCCAUCUUGCAAUAAUGGAAAGAAAUUAUAAUAUUGUGGAUCUUCUGAUUUCGCAUGGUGCUGACCUUGAAGCAAAAGGUGAAAAUGGACUAACUCCUUUGCAAUUGGCAGAGGCAUAUAUAGCCAGUGAUAUUGUACAACUUCUAAUUUCAAAGGGAACAAAUGUCGAUGCGAAAUAA